CCCCCCCUUUUUCUUUUUCUUUUUUUUUUUUUUUGGUGUGUUUCUUUUUCACAUUCUUGCUGUGCUGAAACUGGGGGAGCGGUGAGGACCAGGAGUCACCGGCAGCCUCAUCAGUCACCGACUGUCAGGACUCGGUGUAAGAGGAACCGGCCCGGGGCACUGAACCCUCACAUCCAGUCCCCUUCCUCGGAGACCGAGAUUCCAGCUACAUGGGCAAACGCCUGGAUCAGCCACAAAUGUACCCACAGUACACUUACUACUACCCUCACUAUCUCCAAACCAAGCAGUCCUAUGCACCAGCUCCCCACCCCAUGGCUCCUCCCAGCCCCAGCACAAACAGCAGCAGCAACAACAGCAACAACAGCGGAGAACAGUUGAGUAAAACCAACCUGUACAUUCGCGGCCUUCCACCAGGCACCACUGACCAGGACUUAAUCAAGCUGUGCCAACCAUAUGGAAAAAUUGUAUCCACAAAGGCAAUUCUUGACAAAAACACAAAUCAGUGCAAAGGUUAUGGUUUUGUCGAUUUUGACAGCCCUGCAGCCGCCCAGAAAGCAGUAGCAUCUCUCAAGGCCAAUGGCGUGCAGGCGCAGAUGGCCAAGCAACAAGAACAAGACCCCACCAACCUGUACAUCUCAAAUCUCCCCAUUUCCAUGGACGAGCAGGAACUUGAGAAUAUGCUGAAGCCCUUUGGACAUGUCAUCUCCACCAGAAUACUGAGAGACGCUAACGGAGUCAGCAGAGGUGUUGGCUUUGCCAGAAUGGAGUCUACUGAAAAAUGUGAAGUGGUAAUUCAACAUUUUAAUGGGAAAUACCUGAAAACACCACCAGGCAUCCCAGCCCCUAGUGAGCCUUUACUGUGCAAAUUCGCUGAUGGGGGACAAAAGAAGAGACAGAAUCAAAGCAAAUACACCCAGAAUGGGAGGCCAUGGCCAAGGGAAGGAGAGGCUGGCAUGGCACUGACCUAUGACCCCACGGCUGCCAUACAGAAUGGAUUUUAUUCUUCACCGUACAGUAUUGCAACCAACCGCAUGAUUCCACAGACAUCUAUCACGCCAUUCAUUGCUGCUUCCCCUGUCUCCACAUACCAGGUCCAGAGUACUUCAUGGAUGCCUCAUCCGCCAUACGUUAUGCAGCCAACAGGUGCUGUGAUCACACCGACCAUGGACCAUCCCAUGUCAAUGCAGCCGGCCAACAUGAUGGGUCCCCUGACACAGCAGAUGAACCACCUUUCAUUGGGUACAACGGGAACGAUUCAGUCCCAAGACAGGAUUAUGAUACUCCACCAGCUGUUGUGUCAGUAUAUGACCGCUGCCGCUCCUAUGCAAGGGACCUACAUUCCCCAGUACACGCCUGUGCCUCCGACAGCUGUCUCUAUCGAAGGCGUUGUUGCUGAUACUUCUCCACAGACAGUGGCACCAUCGUCCCAGGACACGAGUGGUCAGCAGCAGCAGAUCACGGUGGACACGUCCAGCGAACAUGCACCUGCAUAUUCUUACCAACAGUCGAAACCAUAAACAGGACUGGAGAAUGUCCCUCUGAAAAUUUGCCUUGAAUGAAGAAACUUCAUUGAACAAGAAGUUGGCUUCGAGUUUGCACAGGCGCCAAUGGAAUGCUUUCUUGAUUUUUUUAAUUUUUCUUUUUUCACUUUCUACUUUAUCCAAUGAAAACAAAGGUGUUUUUAUGUGCUGUGCAAAUGGUUCCUUCAUGUGGUCUGACAAUUUUAUUUUU